CUACGAUAAAAUUCAACGGCCCCCCCAGAGCCUCUCUGUUCUCGAAAUCUCACCAACCACCCCACGUCCAGAUCACCAUUAGAUACGUUUGAUUCUAUUGGGAGACUGCCAAGAUGUCUAAGAUCACAGUCGCCAACGUCCGGACCCAGGUCGGAGAACUCCUCGAGUACUCCAACGAGACUAAGAAGCGCAACUUCCUCGAGACCGUCGAGCUCCAGAUCGGCCUCAAGAACUAUGACCCCCAGCGUGACAAGCGUUUCUCUGGCACCAUCAAGCUGCCUUCCAUCCCCCGCCCCAACAUGGCCAUCUGCAUCCUCGGUGACCAGCACGAUCUCGACCGUGCCAAGCACGGCGGUGUCGACGCCAUGUCGGCCGAUGACUUGAAGAAGCUCAACAAGAACAAGAAGCUCAUCAAGAAGCUUGCUCGCAAGUACGAUGCCUUCAUUGCUUCCGAGACUCUCAUCAAGCAGAUUCCUCGUCUCCUGGGUCCCGGUCUGUCCAAGGCUGGCAAGUUCCCCACUCCCGUCUCCCACGCCGACGACCUCUCUGGCAAGAUCAACGAGGUCAAGUCCACCAUCAAGUUCCAGCUGAAGAAGGUUCUCUGCAUGGGUGUCGCCGUCGGCAACGUCGGCAUGGAGCAGGAGCAGCUGGUUGGCAACAUCAUGCUGGCCAUCAACUACCUCGUCUCCCUCCUGAAGAAGGGCUGGCAGAACGUCGGAAGCCUUACCAUCAAGGCUUCCAUGUCUCCCCCCAAGCGCCUCUACUAAACUGGU